AUGGCAAAGAUGGAGGCAAAGACAUCUCUUCUGGACAAUAUGAUCGGGGUCGGAGAUAUGGUGCUUCUGGAACCCCUCACGGAGGAAUCCUUUCUCAGUAAUCUCCAAAAGCGUUUCGAUCACAACGAGAUAUACACUUACAUCGGCAGUGUGGUGAUAUCGGUCAAUCCUUACAGAUCGCUGCCUAUUUAUUCCCCGGAGAAGGUGGAAGAAUACCGAAACAGAAACUUCUACGAACUCAGCCCUCACAUCUUUGCCCUGUCGGACGAGGCGUACCGAUCUCUGAGGGACCAGGAUAAAGAUCAGUGUAUACUAAUCACCGGAGAGAGUGGAGCUGGAAAAACAGAAGCCAGCAAACUUGUCAUGUCUUACGUAGCCGCCGUUUGUGGCAAGGGAGCGGAAGUGAAUCAAGUGAAGGAACAACUCCUGCAGUCUAAUCCUGUGCUUGAAGCUUUCGGAAAUGCCAAAACCAUAAGGAAUGAUAACUCCUCUAGAUUUGGAAAGUACAUGGACAUUGAGUUCGAUUUCAAAGGCGACCCUCUCGGUGGAGUCAUAAGCAACUAUCUGUUGGAGAAAUCCCGGGUCGUUAAGCAACCGAGAGGUGAAAGAAACUUUCACAUUUUCUAUCAGAUUUUGUCUGGCGGAUCUGAAGAGAUGCUUCAGAAACUGAAGCUGGAGCGAGAUUUCAGUCGAUACAACUACCUGAGCCUGGACUCCGCGAAAGUGAACGGCGUGGACGAUGCGGCCAACUUCAGAACUGUUAGGAAUGCCAUGCAGAUUGUGGGAUUUAUGGACCACGAAACGCAGUCGGUUUUCGAAAUGGUUGCCGCCGUUUUAAAAUUGGGGAAUAUCGAGUUCAAGCCUGAAUCCCGGGUGAAUGGCUUGGACGAAAGUAAAAUCAAAGAUAAAAAUGAACUCAAAGAAAUAUGUGAGCUGACGGGCAUCGAUCAGUCGGUGCUGGAAAGGGCCUUCAGCUUCCGAACCGUUGAAGCCAAGCAGGAGAAGGUCUCCACAACCCUAAAUGUGGCUCAGGCUUACUAUGCGCGGGAUGCUCUGGCAAAGAAUCUUUACAGUAGACUCUUCUCUUGGCUUGUUACCAGAAUCAAUGAGAGCAUUAAGGCACAAACGAAAGUAAGGAAGAAAGUCAUGGGAGUUCUGGACAUCUACGGCUUUGAAAUUUUUGAGGAUAACAGUUUCGAGCAGUUCAUUAUCAACUACUGCAACGAGAAGCUGCAGCAGAUCUUCAUUGAGCUCACGUUGAAAGAAGAGCAGGAGGAGUACAUACGAGAGGGCAUCGAAUGGACCCACAUCGAGUACUUCAACAAUGCUAUCAUUUGUGACCUAAUAGAAAACAAUCAGAACGGGAUCUUGGCGAUGCUCGACGAGGAAUGCCUCCGGCCCGGGGUUGUUACUGAUGACACCUUCUUAGAAAAGCUGAACCAGGUCUGUGCCACUCACCAGCACUUCGAAAGCCGCAUGAGCAAGUGUUCGCGCUUCUUGAACGACACCUCGCUGCCCCACAGUUGCUUCAGAAUUCAACAUUACGCUGGCAAGGUGAUGUAUCAAGUGGAAGGAUUUGUAGACAAGAAUAACGACCUGCUGUACCGCGACCUGUCGCAAGCCAUGUGGAAAGCCAACCACCCCCUCAUCAAAUCACUCUUCCCAGAAGGAAACCCGGCCAAGAUUAACUUAAAGAGACCUCCCACGGCCGGUUCACAGUUCAAGUCUUCCGUGGCAACCUUGAUGAAAAACUUACAAACUAAAAAUCCCAACUACAUCAGGUGCAUCAAGCCGAACGACAAAAAAGCCGCCCACGUCUUCAGCGAGGCGCUGGUGGGUCAUCAGGUUCACUAUUUGGGGCUCCUGGAAAAUGUCCGAGUUCGGAGGGCGGGAUACGCGUUCAGGCAGCCGUACGAACCUUGUUUGGAAAGGUAUAAAAUGCUCUGCAAGCAAACGUGGCCCCGUUGGAGAGGCCGGGCCAGGGCCGGAGUAGAGGUACUAUUUAAUGACCUGGAGAUUCCUGAAGAAGAGUAUGCCUUCGGUAGAUCGAAAAUAUUCAUCCGCAAUCCUAGAACACUCUUCAAAUUAGAAGACCUGCGGAAACAGCGCCUGGAGGAUUUGGCGACAUUAAUCCAGAAGAUCUAUAGGGGCUGGAGGUGCCGAUCGCAGUUCCUGCUCAUGAAAAGAAGUCAGGUUGUGAUCGCUGCCUGGUACAGGAGAUACGCGCAACAGAAGCGGUACCAGCGGACCAAGAGUUCUGCCGUCGUGGUUCAGUCGUAUAUCAGAGGGUGGCAGGCUCGAAAGCUGCUGCGAGCACUGAAGCACCAGAAACGCUGCAAAGAAGCGGUCACAACCAUUGCAGCCUAUUGGCAUGGCGCUCAGGCGCGAAGGGAGCUGAGGCGGCUGAAGGAGGCGGCUAGGAAUAAACUUGCUAUUGCUGCUAUUUGGGCUUGCUGGCUUGGAUUUAAGGCUCGAAGGGAGUUGAAACGCUUGAAGGAGGAAGCUAGGCGUAAGCAUGCCGUUGCGGUCAUUUGGGCUUACUGGCUUGGACUGAAGGUCCGUAGAGAGUACAGGAAAUUUUUCCGAGCCAACGCAGGAAGGAAAAUUUAUGAGUUCAUCCUUCAGAAAAUCAUACAAAAGUAUUUACUGGAAAUGAAGAAUAAGGUGCCUUCUUUAUCACCGAUAGACAAAAACUGGCCUGCAAGGCCUUACCUUUUCUUGGAUUCAACACACAAAGAACUGAAGAGGAUAUUCCACUUAUGGAGGUGUAAAAAAUACAGAGACGGGUUCACGGAUCAGAAGAAAGCCAUUUAUGAAGAAAAACUGGAAGCCAGCGAGCUCUUCAAGGACAAAAAAGCUUUAUAUCCAUCAAGCGUCGGGCAGCCUUUCCAAGGGGCUUACCUCGAAAUCAGCAAGAACCCCAAGUAUAAAAAACUAAAAGACGCCGUGGAGGAGAAAAUUAUCAUUGCCGAAGUAGUAAACAAAAUCAACAGAGCGAACGGGAAGUGCACUGCAAGGAUUUUCUUGCUCACGAAAAAUCACGUCCUGCUGGCGGAUCAGAAGUCAGGGCACAUCAAGUCAGAGGUUCCCCUGGAGGAUGUCACUAAAGUGUCCAUGAGCUCUCAGAGUGAUGGCUUCUUUGCCGUACAUCUCAGAGAGGGGUCUGGAGCAGCCGGAAAGGGGGAUUUCCUGUUCAGCAGUGAUCAUCUGAUCGAAAUGGCUACCAAGCUUUACAGGACCACGCUCAGCCAAACCAACCAGAAGCUCAGCAUUGAAAUAUCUGAUGAGUUUCUUGUUCAGUUCAGACAGGACAAAGUGUGCGUGAAGUUCGUGCGGGGGAACCAGAAAAAUGGCAACAUUCCAACUUGCAAGCGAAAAAACAACCGGCUUCUUGAAGUUGCUGUGCCUUAAUUCUCUUGUGUUCUCUCCUACUUUACACGAACCCGUUCU